CAUACUCAGUGCCAUGCCCAAAGUACUUAGUACAUAUAGACACAAAUCAUAAGCUUAUCAGGUAACCUGAGUAUUCUCAUAACAGUAAAUGGAAUAUGCUCAAUAGACUUGAAUGUCUGUUUUAAUGAUAUUUAUAACAUUAUACAAGAGUUUACAAUUCAAAAGCAUUAUGUUUUUCUACAGGUACAAUAUAGUGAUCUUUGCAGGAAUUGAUGGUUUUUCACGCAAGAUAAUGUACCUGAGAGCUGCAGACAACAACCGAUCUGACACAACCCUACUUUUCUUCAGUCAGGCUGUUGAGGAAUUUGGAUACCCACUGAAAGUGCGAGCUGAUCAGGGAGGAGAGAAUGUUGGAGUGGCUCGUCUGAUGUUUUCUGUACGUGGGCCAGACAGCAACUGCUUUAUAGCAGGCAAAAGUGUGCACAAUCAGAGAGUUGAGAGGCUGUGGCGUGAUCUCUGGAUGGGAGUCACCAGUGUGUUUUACCAAAUCUUGCACACACUAGAGGAACAGGACAUGCUAGAUUUGAGCAGCAGUCUUCACCUGUUGUGCUGCCAUUACGUAUUUUUGCCCCGACUGCAAGCCAAUCUCAGUUUGUUCCGUGAGGGAUGGGACAACCACCCAUUGAGAACAGAGCAAAACCUCUCACCAAACCAACUGUGGGGGGCUGGUCAGAUGGAACAUCCCAUUGCCAACCCAGAGGAGAUGACCAUUCCUUACAUCAACUGGGAGGACAGUGGGUAUGUUGUGGAUCCACAAGCUGUGGUGAAUGUUCCACAGUUUGACAGCCCUCUAACUCCUGAACAAGUGGAGCAGCUGAGAGAACAUAUUAAUCCUCUACAACCCUCUGAGUCCAAUGGCAUGGACAUUUUUUUGAGUACAGUUCAAUAUGUAGAAAAUUUGCUUGCUGAAAAUUAGAUAUCUUGUUGCAUGAAUUUUUGCUGCUUUUUAGUUUAUUUUCUAACAAUUAUACCAUUUUUAUUUUA